UCUCAAUACAUAACUGUCUCUUUGUACGUUACACAAGAGUAGGCUGAGUAGUGUGUGCUAGUUUGAGCCGUCCUCUUUCGGGAACUGUUGUUGACAUUCAGUAAUGAAUGGAACUUGUCAAUGACUCCAAGGGUAAACAUUUUGGAGUGAUUAUUACAAGCGCAUUACCCAAACUUCUAGGUCCUCGCCAAGGAUUGUCUACCCGGGAUGUUCGACCUAACGAAGGAAUGGAAUCUGUCAUUCGCCGGCUGCGGGUUCCUGGGGAUCUAUCACAUCGGAGUGGCCAGCUGCCUGUUGGAACAAGCGCCCUAUCUCAUCAAAGGUGCCACCAAGAUUUACGGGGCUUCGGCCGGUGCCCUAACCGCCUCGGUGCUCGCCAGCCAGGCAUCCAUAGCUAAGUGCUGUGAGGAUGUGAUUGAGACGGCCAAGGAGGCCCGGAAGCGUAACCUGGGUCCCCUCCACCCCUCCUUCAACCUGGUCAAGGUCAUCAGGUCGGGCCUGGAGCGUGACCUGCCCGCCGACGCUCACACACUCGCCUCCGGGAGGCUGUGUGUGUCACUCACUCGCGUGUCUGAUGGACAAAACGUCAUCGUGUCCGAGUUCAAGUCCAAGGAGGAGCUCAUCCAGGCACUGCUGUGUAGCUGUUUCAUCCCCAUAUACUGUGGCCUGAUCCCCCCAUCCUUCCAAGGAGUACGUUAUGUGGAUGGGGGGAUCAGUGACAACCUUCCACAGUCAGAGCUGAAGAACACCAUCAGCAUCUCUCCGUUCUCGGGCGAAAGCGACAUCUGUCCCCGGGACACCUCCUUCAACUUCCACGAGCUUCGUUUCACCAACACCUCCAUCCAGAUUAACCUGGGCAAUAUGUACCGCCUCAGCAAAGCCCUGUUUCCCCCAGAACCCAAGGUCAUGGCAGAGAUAUGUCAGAGUGGCUACAAGGACGCCCUUCGCUUUCUUGAGGAGAACCAUCUGCUGAAGCUGGAGUGUCCGACUGCCGGCCCCAACCCAUCAGAAGCCAUACACACCUGCUGCUGCAAGCCCAUCGCCAUGGAAACCACUAAGGACUGGAUGCUCCGGCGGCUCCGCCUCCUGAGGAAGCGGCACUGGUGGCUGGACGAGCAGAUUGUUGACAACCUGCCGACCCAAAUCAAAAAAGUGUUCUGUGAGGCGUGCCAGCAGAAGCCUGGUCUGUAUGCUAAGGUGUCUGAUAUGCUACCGGUCAGAGUGGCCUCCUACAUGCUCCUGCCCUGCACACUACCUGUGGUAUCAGCCUACUCAGUGGGCAAGAGGUUUGUGGAAUGGAUCCCAGAGGUGCCUGCAGACAUGCGUUGGCUAGCUGGGGUGGCUGGGGAUGUGGCUGGGAGCGUGUACAGACAUGCCUGGAGAGGAUCGCCAGCAGACAUAACCAGUGAUGGUUCCCUGAGGAAUUGCAUGAGCCUGCCCCCACCCCUGGAAAGUGACGGACACAGGGAGAGAAACGGUCACCUCGCCAGGUUCGCUCUCUCUGCUCUUGACCUCCAAAGCCAAUACUGGAACAUCCCCACCGCCCCCUCUUCCGACUGCCCCACCAGCCCCCUCAUGCCCAGCCCCUCCCCACGACAGAUCUGCUUCUUUGUUGGCUCGCAGGACGAGACUGACUGACAGUCCCAUCCACCAAUGAGAGGACACUGUGACUUUGUUUUAAAAGAUGAUAGGACAGUCCAGCUCAAGAUCCCUCCCACAGGGCCUGUCUAUAUGCUAUAGGAACUGUGAAGGGUGGUUUGGGAUGGACAAAAGAUGGUAAUGUGAUCGAAUAGCUUUGAGAUUCAGAACUGUUGCUAUAGACACACUAAUGACUCAAUCAUGUCUUUUGAUCACUCCACCAUCCAUGUUUUAUUCUAUUGUACACAUUGGAAAACAAUUUACCAGCUCACCACCAAAGACCUCUGCAAGUGAAUUAUUUUUUGGAAUUACACAUUUUGUAACUAACUAUGUCUAGUUUUUCCAGAUAACUUGUUGUCACUACAACUCUACUUACCUACCUAUCUAUAGGAAGGAGCUAUAGGAUGACCGGCUCAUUGUAAUGGCUGGAAUAGAAUGUAUGGAACGAUAUCAAACACAUCAAACAUAUGGAAACCAUGUUUGACUUCGUUCCAUUAAUUCCAUUCCAGCCAAUAUAAUGAGCCUGUCGUCAUAAAGCUCCUCCCACCAGCCUCCUUUGUUACUGUCGUGGAAUAUUGCCUCAAAAAUAUAACACUCUUACAAGAACUUGUGAAUUCAAUGUAGGCUUUAAUACAAAGUAGCAAAGCCGAGCUUUGCUCUUAUACACAUACAGCAUAUGGGUACAUCCCAUAUGUAAAUGCAGUUACUAGCCUUAGUCCUUCUGCCACCAUUAUCUUUUAGUCCGAGUUCUUUGCUUGUUUACGCCCAGUAACGCCCAUCUCUGCUUCUGGUUAGGUUAUAAUGGUGGCAGGGCCCCUUAUGUCAUACAAAAAAUAAUAUAUUUAUUGUAUACUUAUAUUUCACCUGUUGGUCAUUUUACCACCAUCCUCCUUCCUGUGUCCUUCUGACAUUAGUAUGUCUGACUGUCAUAAAUGUACUUAUGGCCCUGACUUAAUGCAUCCAAUGGUUGUGUCCAGCUGCCAUAAAUGUACUUAUAGCCUCAGCUAAUAUAUGUCCAGAUGCAACCAAUGUACUUAUAGCCUCAGCUAAUGUAUGUCCAGAUGCAACCAAUGUAACCAUUGUUCUUGUGUUUCCUUAACAUAGCAGUUGUACCUAGUUACAUUACAUUAACAUAGCAGUUGCACCUAGCUACAUAACAUUAACUCCCACACUACCUACCUACCGACAGUACACAAGAGGUUGGUAGCACCUUAAUUGGGGGGAUGGGCUCGUGGUAAUGGCUGGAGCGGAAUUAGGGGAAUGGUAUGAAAUACAUCAAACACAUGGUUUCCAUGUAUUUGGUGCCAUUCCAUUAUUAUGAGCUGUUCUUCCCUCAGCAGCCUCCUUUGCUACAGUACCUACUUACCUGUGUUCAGUUAGAUGUAGAAUUCAUUCCUCAUUCCUAACGGACUGUUGACUUGAGUUGACGUUGACUUCCUUGACUAUGAGCUGUGUGUUUUCCUGACUACUAUUAGACAGGACCCUUGAACUAACUAUGAACUAUUUUGAUGAGCUGUUAUGUCAAGAAAAUUGAGUUACAAAACCAUGAUGCAUCUGCAAAAAUCAUUCUGAGGACUAAGAUAUCUAGUUUUUGGGAAAGUUUCUUAUUUUAAAUACAUUUGACAUUUUUGCCAGAAUUCUGUACAUUUUUACAGCAAAUUCUCUUUAUGAAAAUCCAUUCGGAUUAAAUUCUCGGGUAAUUAUUUUUUUUUAAUCUUUAGAAAAACGAAUUUAUAUAAAUAAAACACAAAAUAUUUGCUGUA